AUGCAGCUCAAGAACCUCACGCUCGCUGCCCUCGUAGGCGCUGUCUCUGCCCAGCAGAUGAUGAAUCUGACCGGCACCAUCGCAUCGAACAAUGCCACUUCUAACCUCACCACCUUCUUUGGCUUGUUUCCUGAACUAGCGCAGACGCUCGACAGCGCUCAGAACAUCACCUUCCUGGCCCCGUCGAAUGAGGCGGUAGCAGCUUUGUUGGAGUCCAAUCCCAAUAUUACACAGAAUACCGAUGCCCUCCGAGCUGUUCUGCAGUAUCAUGUUCUCAACGGCACCUACCUCUCGUCUGCCAUCACAAACACUAGCGCGUUUGUGCCGACGCUGCUGACCAACCAGACGUUCACCAACGUUACCGGAGGACAAGUCGUGGAGGCAAUCAACAUUGGAGGCAAUGUUACAUUCUACUCUGGACUUCUCCAGAACGUCUCCGUUGUUCAGGCUGAUCUAAACUUCACUGGUGGUGUUAUCCACGUCAUCGACGGCCUCCUCACUGUUCCCGCGAACGUUUCGGAGACAGCUCUUGCUGCCGGGCUGACUUCGCUCGUGGGUGCCCUGAACAACACGGACCUCGUCGGUGCUGUGAAUAGCCAGUCCGACGUGACCAUCUUCGCCCCGAACAAUGCGGCCUUCCAAAACAUUGGCUCUGCUGUUGCCAAUUUGACAACCGAGGAACUCGCUGCCAUCCUCCAGUACCAUGUUGUUGCCGGUGAAUCCCCGCUCUACAGCAGCACUUUGACGAACGGCACGACCGUCACGACCUUGGGCGGCGAGGAUCUUACAAUCACCCUGAUCAACGGCUCAGUCUUCGUCAACUCUGCUGAGGUUGUCACUCCCAAUGUUUUGGUCGCCGGUGGUGUCGUCCACGUUAUUGACAACGUCCUCAACCCCCAGAUGUCCAUGGCCCCCAAUGCCAGCGCUACCACAGGCGCACCGGCCUUCUCUGGCGCAACCAGCGCGUCGGAGGCACCAUUCACUAGCGGCGUGGCCGCCCCUUCCACCACCAUCAACCCCAGCGAAGCUGGUGCCGGUGCCGCUAGCAGCACGAGCAGCGCUCUUGGUGUGGCGAUGAAGACCGGCGCUGUCGGUGCGGCUGCCUUGUUCGGCGCUGGUGCUGCUUUGUUGAACUACUAG